CAUCAAUUUUAGUAAAGCAAAAACACAAUUAACCAAAGUUGAGAUAUGGCAGAUGUUAAGUUGCUUGGUUUAUGGUAUAGCCCUUUUAGUAAAAGAGUUGAAUGGGCUCUAAAGAUUAAGGGAAUAGAAUAUGAAUAUAUAGAAGAUGAUCUACAAAAUAAGAGCCUUUUACUUCUUCAAUCCAAUCCAAUUCACAAGAAAGUUCCUGUGCUCAUUCAUAAUGGCAAGUCCAUUUGUGAGUCAAGUGUGAUUGUUGAAUACAUUGAUGAGACAUUUGAAGGCCCUUCCAUCUUGCCUAAAGACCCUUAUGAUCGAGCUUUAGCUCGUUUUUGGGCUAAAUUCUUCGAAGAUAAGGGGCUAGCAAUAAGGAAAAGUAUAUUUUUCAAAGGAGAGGAGCAAGAGAAAGGUAAAGAGGAAGUUUAUGAGAUGUUGAAAGUUCUUGAUAAUGAGCUCAAGGAUAAUAAAAAGUACUUUGUUGGUGACAAAUUUGGAUUUGUUGAUAUUGUUGCAAAUGCUGCAGCACUUUGGCUAGGAGUUCUUGAAGAAGUAUCUGGAGUUGUUUUGGUGACAAGAGAAAAAUACCCAAAUUUUUGUGGUUGGAGAAAUGAAUAUUGCACACAAAACAAGGAAUAUUUACCUCCCAGAGAUGAAUUGCUUGCCCAUUAUCAAGUUUACAUUCAACGUGUUGUUGCUUCAAAGUGAGAGAAAAAAUUAGAGAUGGAUUUAGGAUGAGUUUUUGUUUAAUUCAAUUGAAAUUGAUUUUCGGUUGAACUAGGGAUUAGAAAAAUAAAAUGCAUGUUAUAAUUAGAUUUGUCCUUAUUUCGGUUAAUAUAAAUAAAUCUUGGGUUCACGUAUGAAUA